UCUCAGGUUUCUGCAGGUAAAUAUUGACUCUUCUGUGCUGUUUUCCAGGUUCUGAUGAAAUGAACUUGACAUCUGUCAAUACGUCUCCUUCACAGUCGCCACAACACUCCAGGGACCCAUUCAUGACCAAAUCCCAGCUCACGGCCGGAAGCCCUACAAAGAAGGAGAAACCUGGAAGCAACAAGGAUUUACUUCCCAGGAGAACACCAUCGUUCAGAGUGAAACAAAACAACUCAUCGAAUCUGCCUGCACAGACAGCAGAGGGGCAACGGAAUAACUGGAGAAACAGUGACCCCCUGCUGGGAACUAACAGGACAAGAGAUUCCGGUGCUGAGAGUGAGUCAACAGGGGAGACACAGUCAUGGUCAGCUCCUCCACCAAAACCUCCUCACACUUAUUAUAACAUCCACCUGUAUCCAGAGGGUGGGGAACGAACAUGUCACGCCCUGAGUGCAGGUAGCAGACAGACCCUGGGCAGUACUCCCGAUCUGUGUGUGGAGAGAAGGCAGCCUGACCUCUCCAGCAAUCGGCAGGAGAAUGAAAACCGACGCAGGACCUGGGAACCGGAGAGGACAGGGCCAACCAGCAACUUCAUAAUGCCAACAUGGCACUACACACUGGACACAGACAUGGAUAGCGGCAAGAAGAAGAAUGUUUUCAAGAAGUUUUUUGUGAAGAAGUAACUUGAGGCUGCCUCAGCCUCGCCCUCUGACUGUAAUAUAUUUCAUCAGAAAGUGAAUGGAGCUGAGCUUCACAGGUGUUUGUGUGUGUUUAUUCCCAGAAACAUGUCACCCUAGAACACAGUGAAUGGCUGACUCAUCUACUCCAGUCUCUAAGGGCAAAGCUGAUUCCUUGAUUCCACCUCUCCGUUCCCUUUGUGUCCUAUCCACUGAAUGCCUCAUCACUCUUUCCUCUGAGUGAAUCCCUCCUUAUUUCAGUCAGAGGUGGCAGAGGCUUUAUUCUGAGACUGUACCUUCUGGUUCUACAUACCCCGCUUCUAGCCAUUUAAUCACCUUAAGAAUUCUGGCUGUUUCAAUCACCUCGCAGAAAUACAGGCCUAUGGUACUCAAUCUCUCCUGCUAGGGCAGUUCAGGAAUCAUUCUAGUGAACCUUAACAACUGCAUACACCAAACCUCCAAACCAUUGUAGUGAGAUUUGCUUUCUCUUCUACUUCGAUUGAUCUGUACGAAGGGCCAACAUCCCAGUUACUUACUGGACCAGCACGUUAACUUUGUGUUUUGUGCACAUGAACUUUAACGCCUUCCUUACAGAAUGGAUCCAUUCACCCCACUUCAUUGACCACACCUCUGACCAAUCAUAUCACCUGUCUCUAUCCCUUGGUUAUCUCUAUGUUCUCUUCGCUGCUUACUUUCCCGUCAUAAUUAUAUCUGCAACAAGCCUGGAUCGACUGUAAUCGAUCCCCUUAUCAAAGUCAUUGUCAUCAACUGUAAAAGAAAAAGGCAGGCCUCAACACUGAUCUUUGUGGUACCCCACUAGGUAAGGCUUCCACUCCAAAACUUACACUUUUAUUCCUGCUCACUCUUUUCAUUACUUCUGUCCUGCAUGUCUGCAGACGUGUGUGUAACUGAUCUGUCAACGAUCUAAUACUGCAAAAGGCUGCCAUCUUUCCCAAAACAUUUUAUUCCAGCACUGAAAGUGAGACUAAAGUAAAAAUUUGGACAGAUACUUCAAAUCCAUCUGAUCCAAAUCAGUAAGUUAAAAGUUGGGCAAUUUAAUUACGCUGUUUUUGUCAAUGCUAUUAGUUAAUUUUGCUGUCAAUUCAUGUCCUGUGACUGGGGCUUGUUCUGUCUCUGGAUUAGGUUCAUCUUACAACGUCACACUGGCAUGACCUUCACUGCUAAAUCUUUUCCAAACAGAAAUGAGGGAAGUGAAUUUGUUAGCUGAGCCCUGAGCUCAAAGAUGGGAGCUUCGUUCCCCAGCUGAGGCAACUGUGAGGUUAAACAGCUAAUGCACCACAUCUGGGAGCAUGUGCCAGAAGGAAAGGAGCCUACCUGGUGCUCCUGCAUCGGUCUUAAUGAGGCUUGAGGAGAGGAGACAACAGGCAGUGGAAUUUCUGUGACAAUCUACAGAGAAACAACACUGCACCCUCUGGCCCUCCCAAACUCAGCUGCCUCAGCCUAUGUUUCAAAUAGUGAAACUUUCCCUUUGUAAUCUGACAAAGUCAUUCUCUCGCUAUUAUUCAUAUUCUAAAAUUUAAAAAAGCACAAUAAAAUUGAAAUUUGCAUGGA